AAUCACGAGGGUAAUAUAGAUAUUUAGCAUAUUUGACUUAUGCCGGCGUUGUUACUCGUUUCUAAGGAAACGAGCCACCUAUUUUGAGGUGUCGGCAACCACACGUAUCUUGGCACGUAGGCAAAGAUCAUCCGCUCGUGAUUCCUACGCGAAGAUUCCUCGAUUUUUGGAGUUACGCGCGAAGUAAAACGUAUGAAGAAGGGAACGAGAGUGUUUUGCAAAGUAAAUCGCUACAACUUCCUCUCGUUAUAAUAUAAUAUUAUAUAAUAUAGUCGAAUAAAAUAUUGUUAAAAUCGACGGCUGAAGAUGAGCGAUGUACCGCAAGUCGUCGCCGAAGACGCAACGUCUGCGAGCGCGGUCGAGCAUCACGUUAUGGACAUCCUGAAUCCUGGGUUGCAUCACCACGACCUGCUGCAAAGCUACGUGCGAACGCGUGUGGAAGGCUCUGACUCGAAGCAGGAUGCCGAGGAGUUUGAGGAGCCGAGCAAGGAAGGGCAUUCGGGUAAUAAAUAUCCAAGGGCGGCAAAUGAUAGCAAUGCUCGCUAUGCCCAUGAUAAAGGGAAGAAGGGCAACGAUAAGAAGGAAAAGGAGAGGUCUAACACCGCUGUCAUCGAGUCGGAGAUGAGAAUACAGAAGUUGAGGAAAAAGUGACGCCAGCACGACGGCGACGCUCAUCGGCAGGAAGAGGUGUACACCGAUAAGGAUCGUGCGGCCGCCGUGAAUAUGGGUACCACGGACAUAAAGCAAUCUCUGAAGAUGAAGCAACGCCAGGAUCACAGCAAGAACCUGCAGAUCCCUGAGGAGACCGAGCCCGGAGCGUUGCUGACGCUUGGCCUGCGCGAGAUGCGCUUCGGCGACGUUAAUGUCGCUAUUAACUGCAUCAAUAAGGCGCUGGAGUUGAACCCGAAUGACAAGAACGCCUUAAUAGCGCGGAGCAAAUGUCAUCUUUUACUGGGUGAUCCGCAAAAGGCCCUGGACGACGCUGAAGCGGCGUUACGAUUAAAUCCGAAGGAUUCCAGCAAGUCGAAGGCGGUGUACUGCAAAGCGGAGGCUCUCUAUCAUCUUGGCGACUUCGAAAUGAGCUUGGUGUAUUAUUACCGUGGGAUGAGGAUUCGUCCGGAGUUCGGCGAAUUUCGUCUUGGUGUUCAAAAAGCAAAAGAUGCGAUACAGAAUGUAUUACGUAAGAAUUGAUAUAUUUGUUGUUUGUCGGACGUAUUAAUCGCCUGUUGACUAAAGAAUCAUUCAAAUUUUCUGUCCGAUACGUCGUUUAAUUAAUACGUCCGGCAAGCUUGUUGCGCGACAAAUGUAACUUCGAUUCCGAGCAAUCUUAAUUUAUUUAAAUUGUUAAGUUACAAAUUUAUUGCUUGGCAAAAAAAAUUUAGAACUCUUUUAGUUUUUAAUGCUUUAUUUGUAACAGCCUAA